CGACGAUGUCUCCUCGGUCAACUGAUGGUUGAUUCUGCACUGUGGUUGAACAUGUUUCGUCUAUCUUCCUCGGACAUCCCACUCCUGUUACGUCUUCAAGCGCUUGACCUCUCGGAAACAACUACCACUGUGCUCUCUACGUACUGUAACAUGACGUCACUUUCCUCAAACACAUACUCGUCUCAGAGUGCGGCUUCCACCCUUCUGCAUGCUCAGCUUGUCCAAUACCCCUUGCCAUGAAGGUAUAUAAGCCCUUCGCAGUUCUGCUGUGGAACGACAUCACAACUCACUCUCACAUCAACUCAACGAUACUUCGCUCAUAAUCUUGCAACAAACUCGUUCAUCAUGUUCUUCAACUCCGCUACAAUCGCCCUCGCUCUUACCCUCGCCUCGGCGGCUCAGGGCGCCACCAUCGCCACUCGCGGUGGUGGUGACUGUAAUGGCAUCUUGGGAUGGCAGCGUAACCAAGCCUAUUCACAGGGCGACGAGAUCUCCUACUGGGGAUUCAUCUGGCAAGCGAAAGAGUGGAGCUACAACAACCCCCCAGGCGACGCUGCUAACCAGUGGAAUAAUGUUGGUUCCUGCGAUGGCGCUAACAAUGGUAAUGGCGGCGGUUCGGGUGGAGGCCAAAGCUGGAACAAGGAAAGAGGUGACGACGUCAACGACACGCAGGGUGUGAACAACGACAACGGCGGCACCAACACCGGCAAUGGCUGGAAUAACAACGGCAAUAACGGCAGCGGCAGCAACUGUGACUGCUCUAACGCUCAGCCCUGGUCCAAAUCUGCACAGUACCCCGGUGGUAGCUCCGUCACAUACAACGGUCACCUCUGGAUCGCCAACUGGUGGGUGACUAGCAACUGCCCCGGUGACUCUUCAGGCUCGUGGGCCGACAAGGGGGCGUGCAACAAGUGGUAAUGCCUCUUAAUAUCUCCUUAGUGGGAAUAUACCUCCGGUAGUCGGCUAUGGCCAUGUUAUGGCCAAUCUAGGUUCUUCUCGGUAUUAGUCAUCACUGUACUUGUCUCGC